AUGUCUACUGAACAAGAUACUGCGGAAAAGAAUAUUGAGAUCUGGAAGGUUAAAAAGCUUAUCAAGUCUUUGGAAAUGGCCAGAGGUAAUGGUACCUCCAUGAUCUCAUUGAUUAUCCCACCUGGUGGUCAGAUUUCACUCACACAGAAGUUAUUGACUGAAGAAUACGGGACUGCAUCUAAUAUCAAGUCCAGAGUGAAUAGGUUGUCAGUUUUGUCAGCCAUUACUUCAACACAACAGAAAUUAAAAUUGUAUAAUAACGUUCCUAAAAACGGUUUAGUGGUUUACUGUGGUGAUGUGUUGACCGAUGAAGGUAAGGAAAAAAAAUUGAAUAUUGAUUUUGAACCUUUCAAGCCAAUUAACACUAAGUUGUACUUGUGUGAUAAUAAGUUCCAUGUAGAGGCAUUAAACGAAUUAUUAGAAAAUGAUGAUAGAUUUGGUUUUAUCGUUAUGGAUGGUAAUGGUGCGCUUUUUGGUGCAGUCUCAGGUAACACCAGAGAGGUUUUACAAAAAUUUACCGUGGACUUACCAAAGAAGCAUGGUAGAGGUGGUCAGUCCGCCUUACGUUUUUCGCGUCUUAGAGAAGAAAAAAGACACAACUAUGUGAGAAAGGUUGCUGAAGUCGCCGUACAAAAUUUCGUUACUGCUGACAAAGUUAACGUUAAGGGGUUGAUUUUGGCUGGUUCCGCAGAUUUCAAGACUGAAUUGUCAAAAUCCGAUUUGUUCGAUAAUAGAUUACAGGCCAAGGUUAUUAAGAUAGUUGAUGUCUCAUACGGUGGAGAAAAUGGUUUCAAUCAAGCAAUUGAAUUAUCAGCUGAAACCUUAGCAAAUGUUAAGUUUGUCCAGGAGAAGAAAUUAUUAAACCAAUAUUUCGAUGAAAUUUCUCAAGACACUGGUAAGUUCUGUUACGGUAUUGAAGACACAUUAAAGGCUUUAGAUUUAGGAGCCUGUGAGACUUUAAUCGUCUACGAAAAUUUAAAUAUCAUAAGGUACACUUAUAGGGACGUUGAAGGUUCAGAAGUCAUUGCUAAUGUAAACCCAGAGUUACCAGACAAGUCUUACUCCUUGGAUAAGGCUACUGGAACAGAGAUGGAACUUGUUAAGGAAGAAACCUUAUUGGAGUGGGUUGCUGAAAAUUACAAGAAUUUCGGUGCCAACUUAGAGUUCGUUACCGAUAGAAGUAGUGAGGGUGCUCAAUUCGUUCAAGGUUUCGGUGGUGUAGGAGCUAUAUUGAGAUACAAGGUUAAUUUUGAUCAAUUGGCUGAACUUAGUGACGAGGAUGAAUUUUAUGAUAGUGAUGAAGACUUCAUUUAG